ACUACAAGAAGAAAUCCAGAAGCUUUCAGAGCGACCAGCUGCCUUUCUGUUUCUCCCAAGUUCAGUCCAGCAUGGAAAAUGGUUAUCUACGCCGCUUGUGCGUUCUUAAAACCGGCAAAGUAAAUAACAUCCCUGGUAAUAAUAGCAAGGUACGCAGUUCUUAUUACAGAAAGGGAGAAAAUUGAAACUAAAUGCUGCAUUUAGGGCUACAAUUUUUGAUAAGAGGAUAAUUGAGGCGACACUGGUGUAUAAUUAGCGGAUAAUUUAUGCUAUAUCUACUUUUAAUCCACCUCCCAAAUAAACAAGAUCCAUAAUCAUUACAGACGAAUUGUUCUUAAUUUUAUAGCGCCAGUCUGAAUACAGCGUAACGGAUAAUCAAAGAAGAUUUGGAUAACUGAUUGCGAGCAUAAUUGCCUUUUCAUUACCCUUUAAAGUAAAUUUAUUGCAUAUCAUGAGGAAACUCGUUGUCUGUAAAAUAAAAAUUGAGUGAGAUGAGAAUGAAGAAAGCUUUGCAUGCUGUAGGGUAGGCCUAUAUUUACAUCGUGGUUUAUAAUGUGAUCGCCAUUUGCCAAACCACAAACUGUACUCGUAAUUUGCAUAUAUUUUCAACUGUGACUGGCUCGUGAUUACUACGAGGAAAGGCUGUCACUAACCCGGGCCUUUUCGCUGACUACCAUAUGUGGCGCGUUUAGUAGUUACGUGAAUCCUCUCUGAAGACGCUUAAAACUACGCUUUUUCUAUUUUGAUAUCGCGCAUUUUCUCCUAAUGUAUAUUUUCUAUACUGUAAAUCACUGUGUGGUUUUAUUUGUGUUGUGUUAUUAUUUUACUAUUGUGGAUUCUGCUGUUUUGUAAAUGCAUUAAGAGAUUAAGGUUCAUAUAAAAGUCACUUUGUAGUUGUACACAAGUCAAUAAAGUCGCUGUCGAAUAUAUUCUGUUCUACCUAAAUGAGUUCGAUUCAUGCAGUACAAGCGCGGUUUAUAGCGUUAUUUGGCACCUCUGUCGCAGUUGCGAACCGCGCGAUUAAUUACUUCGAUGGCUCCGCGCGACAUCUGACUGGGAAUUUAGUGAAUAUCCGAGGGAUAUCCCAGCAUUAUUUUUCUCCACAUGGUUAUGUCUACGGUGGGAGCUGUUAAGGUAGGUUAACUCGCUGUGAAGUCUCAGCUAAAGCAGAGAACUGAUGACGUUAGGUUGAAUGACCAAUCGGAAGGCGCUGCCCUUUGAAGACAAACCAUUUUACUUGUAGUGGCUGCAUCAAGUCUGGGAGCAAGGACUCAAAUUUAACAGAAUCCACCUUAAAAUCUCUGCCUUUACUCAAGCCCACCUUCCACCAUACCGCGUGAGAAUUACAGGACAAAAAAAGGAUUCAUUUUUUAGAUAAUAACGCAAUAUCUCCUAACCAAGGAGAGAAAGAAACGAACACAACGAAAGGACUCAUUCGGACUUCAGAGAUAGUGCUCUCAAAGCAGAAAAUUUGAUGAUGACCAUGACUGCGAUGGCUGACGGUCUGGAGGCUCAAGACUCGUCAAAAUCUGCUUUCAUGGAGUUUGGACAGCAAUCGCACUCACAACAGAGCUCCCCUUCGAUGGCCGCCAGCCAUUAUCCGCUCCACUGUCUCCAUUCCGGAUCUCAUCAUCAUCAUCAGCACGAUAGCUCUCCGUACUCCGGCUCAAACUCCUAUAACAGGUCGCUACCUUACUCCUAUGUAAGCCAUCCCCACCACAGUCCAUACCUGCCGUCCUACCACAGUAACGUCAGCGGAACACAGACCAGGUUAGACGCCACAGAACAGCAGAAAACGACAGUGAUUGAAAAUGGAGAAAUACGUUUCAACGGAAAAGGCAAAAAGAUCAGAAAACCGAGGACGAUUUAUUCCAGUUUGCAGCUCCAGGCACUAAAUCACCGUUUCCAGCAGACUCAGUACCUGGCGCUACCAGAGCGCGCGGAGCUGGCUGCCUCUCUCGGGCUCACACAGACACAGGUAAAGAUAUGGUUUCAAAACAAAAGGUCCAAGUUCAAGAAGUUGUUGAAACAAGGCGGUAACCCUCAUGAGUGUGACCCUUUGCCCGGCUCCAUCGCCCUGUCCCCGCGCUCUCCAGCCAUUCCUCCUAUCUGGGACGUCUCAGCCUCCUCUAAAGGAGUAAACAUGUCUGCUAACAGCUACAUGCCCGGCUACUCACACUGGUACUCGUCGCCUCAUCAGGACGCCAUGCAGAGAUAAACAACUAGCCCUUUUUUAGGCCAGAGGCCUUGUUGUUGACAUCCUGUCUUCGCCCAGUUCACAUGCGCUAGGACGCACAUUGUCAUCGGUUUAACAUCCUUAAUAGAGACUAGUUCUAGCCUAUUAAGGGGACUAUUUAUUUUGGAGAAUGAAGACAUCUGAUGUGGCGAAGGUCGACAAUGGAACUAACUGUCAGUAGCAUCAUAUACGGAUUUAUUAAAAAUCUGUUCUUACGUUUGACUGUAAUCAAACACACUUAUCGCCAACGUGAAAUUGGAACAGGAAGCGAAACGUUGUCAUAUCACGCGCUUGAGUCGCAUUUGAAAACGAACUCAAACCUCUUGCGUAAGAUGUUUCUGAUCAUGCAAAUAUCUGAUUGUAAAUAUAUUGUCCGAUUUUAGUUGUCAAAAACUUUUAUGUUUUGUCAUUAAUGGAGUAAACAUGACUUCAAGUUA